AGGCGGCCGGGCCCUUCCUCGCGUGGGGCAGCGGCGCGGCGGCGGGCGGCCUCGUCGAAGACGAGGAGCUCCCGACCGACUGUCCCGUGCUGGACCUCAGCGAGCUCGAGGGGCCGCCGACCUUCGUGAGGGCCUCGGCAUCGUCGGCGACAAGCCCGGCGGAGGAGCCCAGAAGAGCGCCAGCGGACUGCCCAGUCAUGGACCUGAGCGAGGACGGCGGUGAAGGUGGCGCCGUGGGAUCACAGGACCCUGAGGAGGAGGCGAAGUCGCACGCGGCGAGAGCGCUCGCCGAGGCGAAGCUGAGAGCAACGAAGCUUGCCGAGGCGAAGCAGCGGGCGCUCGACAUGGCCGACAAGGCCCUGGCGGCGCCCCUCGCCCAGGGGCCCUCCCGCGCGUCCAUCGAGGAGGCCGUCCGGGCGGGGAAGCUGUGCGAGACCCGCUGGUCCGCGCCGCCCAAGGUGCGCUUGUCGGCGCAGGCGACGCGGGAGCUGGAGCGGGAGAAGAGGAAGGCCCUGUGGGGCGCAGGCCGAGCCGUCUUCCCCCCGUCAAGCGCUGCUCCGGAGCUGCCCAGGCGCUGCCCGCGAGCCUAGCAGCCGCUGCUCAGGAGCUGCCCAGGGGCUGCGCGGGAGCUCAGGAAGCGCUUCGCUGGGGCCGCGCAGAGGUUUCCCAGCCACGCGCUGGGAAGGGGUAGGAACGCGCUUCCGGGACUAACGAGCUGUUCCAUCCCCGCGGGCGCCGAUGCUGCUGCUCCAGGGGCAGCAGGAAGGCGAGGGG